CUUUCUUUAUAUAUAGGACGACAGGUUUCUCCCCAGACAAACCAAUCCUUACAAACUUCCAAGUUCCACCAAUCAAAACAAACAGAAAACCUCUCUAAAUUCUCAAAUUCAUUCAUCAAUGGCUAGGCCUCAACCUUACAUUUCUCUAUUCUUUUUCGGUUUCCUUCUCAUUGUUUCAGGUGGCUAUUCAUCAACGUUUACGAUAAUAAACAAGUGCAAUUACCAAGUUUGGCCUGGCAUGCUAUCAAACGCGGGUACCCCACAACUUCCCACUACAGGUUUUGUUCUCCAACCCGGUGAAUCAAAUUCAAUUUCCUUCCCAGAGUCUUGGUCCGGCCGCUUAUGGGGCCGAACCCUAUGCACCCAGGAUUCCACCGCGGGCAAAUUCUCUUGCCUCACAGGCGAUUGUGGCUCUUCUACUCUAGAAUGUUCCGGUGGAGGCGCUGCCCCUCCUGCCACUCUGGCUGAAUUCACUCUGAAUGGCGCGGACGGACUAGAUUUUUACGAUGUUAGCCUUGUGGAUGGCUAUAAUCUCCCAAUGUUAAUAACCCCACAGAGUGGCACAGGAGGGAAUUGCACGGCAACCGGCUGUGUAGUAGACUUGAACAAUGCCUGUCCGAACGAGCUUAAAGUUAUUGAUAGUGGUAAUGGUGAGAAUUUAGCGUGCAGAAGUGCAUGUGAUGCGUUCGGAGAUCCGGAAUAUUGCUGCAGUGGUGCAUAUGCAACUCCUGAUGCAUGCAAGCCAAGCUCAUACUCCCAAUUUUUCAAAAAUGCCUGCCCCCGAGCUUACAGUUAUGCUUAUGAUGAUGGAACAAGCACUUUCACUUGUGCCGGGGCCGAUUAUGUUAUCACUUUCUGCCCAGCUCCUACAACCAGUCAAAAGUCGGCAAAUGGGCAGCAGAAUCUGCUGGCAGCGCACGUCUCAGCCGGCUCGCACAACACGUCACCCUAUUUCAUUGGCGGUUUCAUCACAAUUGCAGUAGCAAUUUGGCAGCUCUUCUGAUCACACCAGGGAACAUGACCACCGCUAGGUGCCAUAUCCAGGAAUAACAUUUCCCAGAGCCACAUGAAAAUAAUCUGGAGCAUGGGAUGUUUCCAUUGGGGCCCACUUUCUGGGGGCCACAGUUUUGUCUUUGGAGCCUGAUGGAGUUAAGUUGCUAGCCUGCAGAAUUUUGGAUCUCUUCAAGUGUGAAAACAGGGAAUGGAAAUGGUGACCGGAAGGGGCAGAUCAUCAUGCAUCAGCAGCCACAUUUAUGGCCCGGACAAGCAAGAGAAAAUAAAAGGACAGAAGAUCAGAUGCUGGCAUGUUGAUUUUGUUUUCAUUUUUUUGUAUUUUGUGAUAAAAAUAAUACAAGUAGAGGAGGUUUCUUGGAUUGAUUCGUGUAUUUUCUCUUCUUUUCUUCGAUUACUUCAUAUUUUUUUAAGUCAUUUCUCUUGUUUUCUUUCUUU